UCACUGUGCAGCAGUAAACGUAAUCCGUGCUGUCACCGGUUGGAUGUGAACGUUACAUCGCCGGUGCUUCACCGUAAAGCGGAUUCAUCGGAACAUGAGUCGUCGGCCCGGCUGGAUGAACAUCUGAAAUAUAAAUAAAACAUGAGUGGGACCGUGAGAGGAGUCUCAGAGGACAUGGACCGACAGAUUAUUGUCCAGGCUGUAUUCGACGAGGACACAAUGUCCUCCACCUCGGUGGGAAUGUCAGAUUUGUCCGAUGAGAUCCUGCUGUGCAUCCUCCGCCAUGUUCCAGUGUGUGACCUGGUGCAGAACGUGGCAAAUGUCUGCCACAAGUUACACACACUGUGCUAUGAUAAGACCCUGCUCACAAACGUCAGCCUGUCUGAGGAGUAUCUGGCUGACGAUCUAUUGGUUCAGAACGUAUUGAAGCAGCUAGCCAAUCACGUGCAGUCUCUCAGCCUGAAUGGUUGCUACUGGCUGUCUGCCGCUACAGUGGAGCUUCUUGCUCGCUGCAGAGGAGUGACGCACCUCGAUGUCACCGGCUGUCGCAUCACUUCCCCCCGUCUCUCCCGUCUCCUCUCCUCUCUCUCUCUGCUCAGAUCACUCGCCAUUGAUGUUACGGCAGGCUUCAGCACAGCUACGCUCAGUUCGGCGGCGGUGGAUUCACUGAGCCGCCUGUCGGAGCUCAGACAGACGCUGUUGACACCGAGUUAUGGUGUGGUGCCAUGCUGCAUCCAACUACGCAAGCUGAUGCUGCAGUUUGACAUCUCAGACAGGACCAGAGAGGGAUUCAAUGUUUGCUGUCCUUUAGUGGUGGAUCAGAGCAGUGUGCCACCUUACCAACAUCUGGAGGAGUUCACUGCCAGGCUGGCUCCAGGAGGGGCCAACCAGGAGUUGCUUCUGCUCUACCUGGCAGUUUUCAGCGUUCACAUUCCAAAGAGACUCAGAGUUUUCCUUGUGUCGAUUCCUGGCCCAAACCCUGCUCGCUGGCAUGCUGCUCGCUCACUGGCCCAGACCUUGGGUCAACAAGAUGACCUGGAGGCCCUGCAGCUCCCUCUGUCCUGGCUGGAUUCCUCAUCCCUAAAGCAAACCCUGGAGGGAAACAGUCCGAAGCACCUGAGCUUCAGCCGCUGCCCAGCGUUGUGGCCACAGGUUUUCCAGUCGUUGCUGGAGGGAGGAGUCAGAGACGCCACACAGCUGACCAGCCUGAACCUCAGCGGGAUCAACAAGGUCCUUUACUCAGAGUGUACGAGUGUGGAAGAUCAGCUGGUUCCUGCGACAAUAGGCCGGUUGGCAGUUGUCUGCUCCAACAUUAAACACCUGAACCUGAUGCACACACACUAUCAUCAUGAAAACUCACCUGAGCCAGGUGGAGAAACACACCUGUGUGCCAGCUUAGCCAAACUCGCACACCUGCGCUCGCUCACUCUGCCUGCCUGCGCUCUGUCAGACGGCUUAAACACACAUCAAAUCUCUAGAAACAACAUGACUCCCUCUGGGUUGUUCCUGGGGUUGAAGAAGACGCCACGUCUGGGGUUCCAGAAUUACAAGCCCGAUUCAGAGUCUCCUCCGUCAGGGGACAGCACUUCAGGGCUCACUCUGCUCUUAGCUGGCUGCCCUUUUUUAGAGGUCUUAGAGCUCAUCGGUCCAGGAUUUGUCUCCGCGCUGCCUCGGCUCGAGCCCCGCACUCGUGCCAGCGUGGAGCCUCGUGGUAUGUGUGCGUGGGCACAAGGAGUUGGCGACGCACACUUAGCGGCACUUGAGGCUUUCCCUCGAUUACGUCGUCUGACUCUGGCUGGGCUUCCUGGGGUCCUUAGGGGGACAGGGCUGGUACAGCUGACCAGGCAGUGCAAAGACCUACAGGUAUUAUCCCUUGCCAACAUGGGAUCACUAAAAACCAUGAACUACACCCCUGCCUUGCUGGACUCACUUAAACAGUGCACACAGCUACAGGAACUCAGGUUAGAGCAGCCCUACCUGAAUGCCAACGCGUCAUUCUUUGAGGCUCUGUCCUGCUGCUCCCGUCUGCAGCGUCUCUGCCUUAUCUCACGCAGCGGUACCUUUGACCCAUCGGCCGCCGAAACCUUCAUGGAGCGAUGCCGCCAUGUCAUCAUGUGCCACAUGUUCAUGGGUGGCACCUUGGUGGCUUGUCGCACGCUGCAGAAAGCUCUGCUGGACAGAUUUUCAGUGGAGCGCUCGGCCCUGAGUGUGGUCAUCUAUCCAAUACAGCAUGAAGAUCUGCAUUCAGUCAUCAGAGACAUCCCACUAACGCUGCUGGAUAGGAUUACUUUGUUCCAGAGCCACGUGGCCCAACCACCGCAUUUAUCACCAUUGUGACAUCACCAGAAAGCAUCAGUGGGAUUGGCGCUCAACAGCUGCUCAGAGGUGCUCAGACCCAUUUUAUUCUGCAGGAAAUGAAAUUAAAGACUGUCAUCUGCACAGUGA